UCAUCACUCAUCACCGCCACUUGUUUCUGCGUCUGAAAGACAAACUGAAUAAACCCUAACCCUAGCCCUAACCGUUUUUCUCACAUAAUGGAGGAGUUGAGUACCAAGAAGCGAGUCAGGGAUGAGCUAGCCGAGUCGGAUGACUCGCCGGAGGUGAAGAGACUCAGGGAGGAUUUGCUGUGUUCAAUUGAUGACUCGGAUCCUGACGUUGUGAGUCAGGACCUUGACUCGGUGAUGAAGAGUUUUGAGCUCGAGAUAUCUGCAUCGUCUUCCCCGCCGGUUCCUGUUGUGGAUCUGACAUUAGAUUCGGCGGAGUCGCAGCCGGAUCUAGGUUACCUUCUGGAAGCUUCGGAUGACGAGCUCGGUUUGCCUCCUCCUACGGCUACCGCAGCUGCCGGAGAGGAGGUUAAGAAUGAAAAUGAAGGUACAGAGUUGGUAAGGGUAGAGUCGGACUCGUCUGGUAUCCAUGAGUUGUGGGGGUUAGAGGAUCAGAUCCCGACCUAUGACUCGUUCGAGAUUGGAGUCGGAGAGAAUUCCAACGGCGAAGACGUGGCGUACGACAAUUUAUUUGAAUUUUCAGAUGCUUAUUUCGAGUCUUCCGAUUAUUCCAGUUUCCUGUGGCGGCCGGAAACCUUGUCGGCCGAUUAAAGGAAAACUGGACGUAUUAAGGAACACAGGAUUACUCCAAUCUGUGAACGUUUUCUCUAAAAGGUUUAUUAAAAAGGGUUUAAAUUUGGUACAGAAUUAGGAUUAGAACUUUAAGAUAAUGUAAUAACUAGUCAGGCGUUUUGGGAUUCCCAAAUUGUAAUUUUAAGCAAAGAUGGGGGUAUGCCUACACACAGGAAGUGUCUUGAGAAAACUGUUCUAAUUUGUUUGGAUUAAUAGUGAUAGCCGUUUAUCGAUUAUUAUUUAUAAAUAGCUGUUAAUUAG